AUGGCUCCAAAAGGUCCUUUCAAGUUGGUGACAGUCAACAAUGCUCCAGAGCGAGCGAAGGUGCUCAUUGGCAGGGUGGCGGAGGCAUUGAAGGAUGAGUACACGAUUGACUACGUCGCCAAUUGCAGCAGUAAAGAAGAGGUCGAAAGCAAAGUCCGUGAGUAUCAGCCGGACAUGCUGUUCUCUGCCUCCAUGUGGACGGCGCAAGAUGUAGUGGAGAUCCAGCAGACAGCACGGUCCGUCAAAAGUGACGUGAAGUUGCACGCGAUUCCCUUUGGACUGCAGGUUGAGAGAGGACCAGACGCUAUUGUAGAGCAUUUGCUGGAACAGAUACCUCUUCUGUUAGGGUGAAAGAUUGUACGAGGCUGUGUGGAGAGCUGCGCGGAAUGUAAUUACAGCCUAAUCGGCGAAAAGCAAGAUUCCCUGGGGUUGAAUGGGUUUAAAAUACACUAGUGAAAU